AUGGUUUCAUCUUUUGGUUAUGGGGAUCCAACUGUUUCUAGUUCCAGAGUUGAAAGUAAUUUUAACCAAUUAAAAAAUAGACUUUUCAAACAACAAGUAAUGCCAAUAAGAUUGGACAGUUUUAUACAAGAAAUACUUCCUUAUUAUAGAGGUGAUAAUUUAUUGCAUCAAGGGAUGUCCCAGAAGACGACUGAUAUACAUGAAACCUCUCAGAAUCCAGAAGCUUUCAAUAUAGCAAAUGAUAAACAUAUUGAUGAAGAUUCAAAUGUUAAUAUUGAAAACAACUGUAUUACUAGUGCUCAUUUUGAAGAAAGUCAUGGUAUUAAUUUGAAACAAAAUAAUGAAUUUAUAACCUAUAACCACCCUAUACAAUUUAACUCCAGUGUUCAUAUUAAUCAUGACUUUAAUAAUACCUGUAGUCACUCUGAACAGGAAUUUGAUGCUAUAGUUCAUACAUCAGGACUUGUAUCUCCUACUCAUAAUGCUAUUUAUUCAAACAGCUUAGUGCUUGAUGAACAUAGUCAUAAAUGUUUAAUGUGUGCAAAUGGACACAUACCAACUGGUAUGCAUCGUUGUCAGUUAUGUAAAAAAGCAUUACAUUUGUUUGGUUGCUCAGUGCCUGCAGAUCAAACAGAAGAAGGUUGUGGAGAAGCUCGUAUAUGCUUGAAAUGUAACGACACAAAUAAAUCAAUUGAUUUAGAAAAUAAAGCAACAGAAAACUGGAAAGGGCAAGGAACACUAAAAGUUUCCCAACCAAAAAAACGUUCAGCUAAAUCAUACCUCAACAAGCAGCCAGCUUUUGAACAUAUAAUUUUCAAUAAAAAGGGACUUUUUAAACCAAUUUUUCAUCUUAAGAAUGGGAGCUCACUUUGUCAUAAACCCAUUUUAAUACCAGGCACAGGAAAAUUAGUUUUCAGUAAUACAUGUUCAGCAGAUUCAAUUUUAUCAAUUUUAGCAUGCUCAGCUGCUGAUAGCAAAGGCUACAAAAAAUUAUUAACACGCACCAAAUUAAUAAAUAAUACAUCUAAAUUUAUUUUAAAAAUGAUAACUCAAUGUAGUUUUAAAAAUAUUUACAAAGAAAGAGCAUUGUUGUUAUUAAAUCAUUUUGAGAAUAAUAUGCAAAUGUUGGUUGGAGGAUUGAAACAAUUGGAUAUAAUUGGAACCAUAAAAAAUGUAGCAGAGAAGUUAUUAGAAGAAUUCCCAUCUUAUCGCCGGAUUAAUGAGUGUUCAGAUUUUAUGUGUGAAAAUUUUAGUACAGCAGAAACAAGUUCAACAGUCAUAUCCUUGAAUGCAUUUGAUGGACAGAUUGAUUUAGAAACAGAAAUUCUUCGUUUUUAUUCAUUAACAUGUGAAGUCUGUACAGUUCUUAAGUGUGGUAAAAAUAGAAAUAUUGAGGUAGAACCAACCAGUCAUUUAUUAAUUGAACUAGUAUCUGUUCCUUUAGACUUACAUACAUCAGUCAGCUAUACUCAUGAUCAAUCAAUAGAACAGAAUAAAAUAUAUCAAAAUUAUGCCGGUGUAGUAAUAAAAAUGUUGGAUAGUUUACCUAAAAAUAUAUGCAUACAUAACAAUGAUUUCAUCCUUCGAGGUAUAAUUGCAUUUAACGCUCCAGAAAAAAGUAGUCUAAGGAUAAAUUCUGGACAUUACAUAGGAUAUGCUCAUAGAUCAAAUGGUGACUGGGAAGUAUUUGAUGACACAAAAGAAAAAAUUAUAAAAGUUAGUGAAAAAAAGAUGGUAAAUGUUGAAUUUUUAAUAUAUACAAUAUAA